AUGGCUUUUGAUUUAGGAUUUGUUGUGGUAAUAGUAAGAUCUGACAUAGCUACUGGUGUACGGGGAAGAAAAACGUAUGUCAUACUUGGAUGUGAAAGAGGGGGAAAAUAUAGGAAAUACAAAGCUGAUGCAGUGGCUAGUGUAUACGGCACUCGUAAAUGUGAAUGUCCGUUUAGAUUAAAGGGUAAACCAUGUUCAGAUGGGGUCGGAUGGGUGUUGAAGGUGAUGUGUGGACAUCACAACCAUGAGUUGGCUGAAACUUUAGUGGGUCACCCUUAUGCUGGCAGGUUAAAUACGAGUGAGAAGUCAUUACAGGUUGAUAUGACAAAGAGUAAAGUUACACCUACAAAUAUUUUAUUAACACUCAAACAAAAUAAUGAUCGAAAUGUCACAACGAUUAAACAAAUCUACAACGCAAGGCAUGCGUAUAAACGAUCAUUAAGAGGGUCCAGAACUGAACUACAACAACUUAUGAUGUUGUUGGAUCGGGAUAAGUACAUUCACUGGAGUAGGUGUGCUGAUGAUUUAGAGGUUGUUACUGACUUAUAUAGACUUUCGUUGCUUGAGAUUGUGGGUAUGACGUCUACAGGGUUAACCUUCUCAGCAGCAUUUGCUUUCUUGUCUACUGAAAGGCAGAGUAAUUUCACAUGGGCUUUGGAAAAGCUGAAAGGUUUAUUUUUAACAUUUGAGGGUGGUCCUAAAGUUAUUGUGACUGACCGAGACUUGGCUUUGAUGAAUGCCAUAUCAAGUGUAUUCCCUGAGUCAUAUCAGAUGUUAUGUCGGUUCCACAUCCUUAAAAAUGUUAAAGCUAAAUGCAAAAUGUUAGUUCAUUCUACUGAGGUUUGGGAAGUGUUGAUGGAUGCAUGGGAAAAUGUGAUGGAUUGUGCUGAUGAAAGCUUGUUUGCUGAGUAUGUGAAUGGUUUUCAAUACGCAAACAGAUCAUGGCCUUUGUUCUUUGAAUAUGUUAAUCAGACUUGGAUUAUUCCGUACAGCACAUACUUUGUAAAGUUCUGGACGAACAAAGCUGAAUCUGCUCAUUGGAGCCUGAAGAAAGUUCUGGGCAAUAGUAUGGGUGAUUUGUGUUCUUGUUGGGAUAGUGUUCAUAAUGUCAUUAUCUUACAACACAACAAGAUUAAGGCGUCAUUUGAAAGUAGUUUGUUGCUCAGGAGUGACCAUUUUAAAGGCUACAUAUAUAGAGAACUUAUUGGGCGUGUGUCUCGAUAUGCAUUGGAUCUCAUUACUAAGGAAUUGAAAAUAGUGCAGCAGAUAGGAUUGGACUCCUCAAAGUGUGGAUGCGUAUUGAGACGUACAUUUGGUGUCCCAUGUGCAUGUGAAUUAGCACGAUAUGAUCCUAGGAUGAUCCCUAUAGGUGAAUUUCAUAUCAUGUGGCGAAGAUUGCAUUUCUCAAAUGUUGAAUUAAAUGAAACUAAGCCUCAGUUAUCCAUUAAAGAUGAGUUGAAACAAGUAGAAGAACGAUUCAAUGAGGUUGACAUUGGCGGUAAAGUCACCAUCAAGCAGAAGUUACUUGAAAUUGUUUGUCCUACAUUGACAUCAAUGGUCCCUCCAUUACAUAAAGUCAAGACAAAGGGUGCACAAAAAAGUAAAGUUAAACGAAGUGAAAGGUCUACUACGCGGGAUCCAUCAUAUUUUGAGUAUGUGGACGCCUUUCAUUCAACCAUAGAAUCUUCAUCUGUGAGAAGUAAAUUACAAUCAAAGCCAAAAGCAAUGAAGAAAAGGAGAGUUCCAAUGAUAGACCAGUUUCAUUCUACUACUCACCCCUUCAUUGUGGACGUUGUUGAUGUUGUGGCUGAUGGUCACUAUUCAUGGCCCGUUGUCAGGAAUGAGUUGUACAAAGAACUCAGUGCAUGGCGUGAUGAAUAUGCAAGCCUAGUAGGAGGCUAUGAUAGACUAGAAGAACUGAGGACCUCUUUGUUGGUGCAGUCACUGUCCGCGGCUAACAAGAGCAAGUGGAUGACAUUACCAGACAUUGGUUAUGCAAUUGCUAACCGAUAUAACGUUAUCUCAGUGUGUUUGUCAUACUCUCAAAAUUAUACUAUCUUUCCACUAUGUUCCACACCACCUUCUGAUAUCACUCAACAUCGCUUAAUUUGUAUAGGACAUGUUCAUGGAUGUCAUUUUGUGCAGGUUAAGCUACAAGAAGGUUGUCCGUUGCCCACGGUGAAUAUCAUGUCCUCAACCCACUGUUAUCUUGAGGCACGAGCGUGGUCAUCUAUUUAUACUAGUAGGAUGCACGCAUUUGAACAGUUGAUGGACAUAACAACAUCUUAUGUUGACUUAGGUGAUUCAUGA